AGUGCUGCUUUCAUUACUACACUCUGAGAAGACCUCGCUUUAUAAACACAAUGAAUCCCGACGACAAGUACGAACAGGAGAAUGACUUUGCCGAGGGCCCCACCGGAAUGAAGAGUGACAAUGACUAUGUCAGCCGCCAGGGAGAAUCUUACAUUCCGGUUCAGAAGGACGAAGCUCCUGUUGAAGAUCCCCUUGAUGCCUCCAUUGCCGAUUCGGACCAGCAGCUAGAGCGUGAUGAGAAGGAGGCUAUCAACACGAAGAAUAUCAUGAAGGGUCGCACCAGAGGGGCCACCAAGCAGAAGGGCGUCUAUGCUGAGCCUGGUGACGAGGAGGGACUUCCCGGUCCAGACGAGGGAAGAUCUUCUACUCGCUAGGUGUAAGCCGAUCAUGGGAUGGGAGAAGACAAUCGUUUUCUCCGAAAUGUGGGGUUUAUGGCAGGAGUGUAUUAUUAUUUUCCGAAGGUUGUGAUUCUCUGCAAAUCGUCGGCGAUAUCUGGGAACGGGGAUGAAGUGUGCUUUAUGUUAAUGAUGGCACAAGCUCUUACUUGAAUGUCCCAUACGCGCAUGAGAUAUAUAAUGGCGCAUAUAAGGUUCUUGCACGUCAGUGUUUCUAUGCAGUGUCUGGAGGACAACUAAGGAAUCGAGAAGGCGGCAAACGGAUCCGUUUGCAUUCACUCGCGAAGUCCGAUGGUGUUGCUGGCGCAGUGGAUCGUUGCUGUUUACGCUGCUUCAUCUCGAAACUACUGAUUGAUUUCGCUUUUUCCGCUCGCAAUCCAGGCGU